CUGUCCUGUGGGCACCACGGUCACAUCCACCUGCACAGCCGGGGCCAGAAGGAGGAGAUGCCAUGACUCCCAUCCUCACAACCCUGCUCUGCUUUGAGCUGAGUCUGGACCCCAGGACCCAGGUGCAGGCAGAGAACCUACUCCAACCCAUCUUAUGGGCUGAGCCAGGUCCUGUGAGCACCUGGAAUAAGCCCGUGACCCUCUGGUGUCAGGGCACCCAGGAGGCCCAGGAGUACCGUCUGGAUAAAGAUGGAAGUUCAAUGUCAAGGACUAUAUUAAAAACACUGGAUUCUGAAAACAAGGUCAAAUUCUCCAUCCCAGCCAUGCAGUGGAAACAUGCAGGGCGAUAUCACUGUUACUAUCAGAGCCCUGCAGGCUGGUCAGAGCCCAGCGACCCCCUGGAGCUGGUGGUGACAGGCUACAGCAGGCCCACCCUUUCAGCCCUGCCGAGCCCCGUGGUGACCUCAGGAGUGAACGUGACCCUCCGAUGUGCCUCUCGGCUGGGACUGGACAGGUUCACUCUGAUUGAGGAAGGAGUCCACAGGCUCUCCUGGACCCUGGACUCACACCAACACAACCAUGGAAGGUUCCAGGCCCUGUUCCCCAUGGGCCCCCUGAUCUUCGGCCACAGGGGUACAUUCAGAUGCUACGGCUAUCAAAACAAUACCCCCUACGUGUGGUCGGAACCCAGUGACCCCCUGCAGCUCCUGGUGUCAGGCGUGUCUAGGAAGCCCUCCCUCCUGACCCUGCAGAGCCCUGUCGUGGCCCCUGGAGAGAACCUGACCCUCCAAUGUGGCUCUGAUGUCGGGUACAUCAGAUAUGCUCUGUACAAGGUGGGAGGCAAUGGCCUCCCCCAGCGCCCUGGAGAGCAGUCCCGGGCUGGGCUCUCCCAGGCCAACUUCACCCUGAGCCCUGUGAGGGUCUCCCAUGGGGGCCAGUACAGAUGCUACGGUGCACACAACCUCUCCUCCGAGUGGUCGGCCCCCAGUGACCCCCUGGACAUCCUGAUCGCAGGACAGAUCCCUGACAGACCCUCCCUCUCGGUGCAGCUGGACCCCACGGUGGCCUCAGGAGAGAAUGUAACCCUGCUGUGUCAGUCACGGAGCCCAAUGUUCAGUUUCCUUCUGACCAAGGAAGGGACAGCCCAUCCCCUGCUGCGUCUAAGAUUCACUUACAGAGCUCAACAGUACCUGGCUGAAUUCCCCAUUCCUGUGACUUCAACCCACGCAGGGACCUACAAGUGCUAUGGGUCACACAGCUCCAACUCCUACCUGCUGUCUCACCCCAGUGACCCCCUGGAGCUUGUUGUCUCAGGAGCAGCUGAGACCCUCAACCCACCACAAAAAAAGUCAGAUUCCAAGACUGCCUCACACCUCCAGGAUUACACAGUGGAGAAUCUCAUCCGCAUGGGCGUGGCUGGCUUCAUCCUGGUGGUCCUCGGGAUUCUGCUAUUUGAGGCUCAGCACAGGCUUAAAAGCCCCCAAGAUGCAGCCAGGAGGUGAACAGCAGAGACAGUGCACCCUUCCGAGUGGUGGAGCCUCAGGAACAGAUCUGAUGGUCCCAGGAGGUUCUGAAAGUCUGGGGCAGCAAUUGGGGAUGUGUCUGCUGAGAAUGUCAAGGGGAAGAAGCAUGGAUCAGGUGCAGGACGAUGUCUGGGUGUCUGUAGAAGAUGCUUCCUCCACUAAAUUGUGGUGUUUUCCUCCUCA